CGCGGUGCGCAAACGUGAGCGCUGUUUUUUUGUGAUAGCCGCGUCGCAUGUUCGCCACGGCGCCACUCGCGACCGACUGCCGUAGCGAUCGCCGCGCAAGUGUUGAGGAUCUUGGCGGUCACGAGACCGAGGAGCGGUGCAGUGUCGUGCAUGUUCGUGAAGGCUUGGAUACGCAGGAUGAGCGCAGGCGGCGGCGGCGAGGAGAGCCCCACUCGCCGCUGGCCGGUUGGCAUCUUGAGACGCAGCGGAGCGCGCGCCGCCCGACGCAUGUUGCACGUGAAGUACCGCAGCGUGCCGCCCACUCCCCUGCCGCUGGACAUCGACGACACCGUUUCUUGCUUUUGCAGGAAGGCGCGGCGCAAGGAACGGGAGGGCGAGCCGGCCGGGGACCCCAAGCUGUACCUGCAGGAGGCGCUCCUGGAGCGGAAGCUGCCCGAGCUCGACAUGCGCCAGCUGGUCGACCUGCCGCACGGGCUCGACUACAACGAGUGGCUCGCCUCACACACAUUGGCGCUGUUCGACCACGUGAACCUGCUGUACGGCACGGUGUCGGAGUUCUGCACGGCGGUGUCGUGUCCGGACAUGUCCGGCCCCGGCGGCCGCACCUACGCGUGGUACGACGAGCGCGGCAAGAAGUCGCGCGUCGCCGCGCCGCAGUACGUCGACUACGUCAUGACACACACGCAGAAGACAAUCAAUGAUGAAACCAUAUUCCCCACAAAAUACGCGAACGAGUUCCCGGCGCAGUUCGAGGGCGUGGUGCGGCGCGUGGUGCGGCUGCUGUUCCACGUGGUGGCGCACAUGUACGCGGCGCACUUCCGCGAGCUGGCGCUGCUGCGGCUCCACGCACACCUGCACCUCACGUUCGCGCACCUCACCGCGCUCGACAGGCGGUUCUCGCUACUAGACCACAAGGAGACAGAGGUGCUGCGCGACCUGGAGACGGCGCUGCGGCUGUCGGACGCGGCGGGCGGCGAGGGGGGCGGCGGGGGCGGGGGCGGCGGGGGCGGGGGCGCGGACGACGAGCCGUCGCCGCGGCGCCGCUCGCCGGUGGUGACGCAGCCGCUGGCCACCGCGUGA